AUGUUCUGUAUUGGAAGAGCAGCGCAGCGGCUCGACAGCAGUGGACCCCAUAUGAGCUUUAGUCGCCACAUGCAGUUAGAGUCGGACCCCAUGCCGUCGCCGACCUUGGAGCUCCUCCGAGUGGUGUGCCCACAACGCCAUCAGCCGACCGACGACGAGAUACGAUACGAUACGAUACGUACAGUCUACAGUCCUCGUCUCGGCAUUGAGAUGCGCGCCACACCUCCAGUAAUGACUGCCGAGCACACCCAGCGCUGGCUCAAGAUGCACAUUGGUCGCCAUUGGAUGAGCCAAAGAUCCCGUUUCGCCGCCGCCGCCUUGCAACUACGGAGGCUCGAUGACCGGUGA